UGAAAGGGAAGAAGCCACAGUAAACGCAGGUCCUGGAUUCGGCAACACAUACAUUCAAGCUGUAGCUGAAUAGCAGCUCAAUUUACUGUACUUUUUUAUUCUGAUAUUACUGUUGUGUUUUUAUUUAUUUAUUGUAUUAUUAUUAUCUGACAGCAGCAUCGUCAGCAGCAAGGACUAUUGGAUAUUUACUAUAUAAGAGAAGAAGACGCAACUGGAAUACUCCUUAUAUUAUAAACUUCGUGUUUUUUGUUCUUUGUUAUACAUAUAUUUUUUAUUUAUUCUUAGAUCCAUUAACACUGAACAUUUUCUACUGAGUGACUUCUUCCCUUUUGAAAUUUUUUAUCUUCCCCGUUUUUCCCUCCCGCUUCCAAACCCUUGUCUGUGUGUUUAACAAUAUCACACCUCCGCUAAACCCUUCCUUCUCUGACCCCAUCCAACACCCCCUGUAAGAUCUUGCAGAGUUAUCUAUUGGCCAGCAGAGAAAGUUCGCUGUAUGAAGAUCUGCACAGAGCUCUGCUAGGAUAUCACUGAUAUUUUGUCAAACUGAUUGAGACUGAAGUGCUGGACAGGAAGAGACGAGGCUCGAAUUUUUUCCAACAGUAUAAACAACCACACACAGGUGUUUCUGUGUGAGAAUAAGGAUCAUCGGUAUCGAGGAGUCACAGCCAGCAUGAAUAUGAACAUGGACAUGCCUAUGAAUAUAAACACGAAGGAGGGAAAAGUGUCUGAAGGGGGUCUCAAUGUCACACUGACUAUCCGGCUACUAAUGCAUGGAAAGGAAGUCGGAAGCAUUAUUGGAAAAAAAGGGGAAACAGUUAAAAAGAUGAGAGAAGAGAGUGGUGCUCGAAUCAACAUUUCAGAAGGAUCCUGCCCAGAGAGGAUUGUCACAAUUACCGGCCCCACAGAUGCCAUUUUCAAAGCCUUUUCCAUGAUUGCACUUAAGUUUGAAGAGGACAUAAAUGCUUCAAUGACAAACAGUACAGUGACAAGUAAACCGCCUGUGACGCUGAGAUUGGUGGUUCCUGGAAGCCAGUGUGGCUCAUUAAUAGGAAAAGGAGGGUCCAAGAUCAAGGAAAUCAGAGAGACCACAGGAGCUCAGGUACAAGUAGCAGGGGACAUGCUGCCAAACUCCACAGAGCGAGCUGUAACUAUCUCAGGCACUCCAGACGCCAUCAUCCAGUGUGUAAAGCAGAUAUGUGUGGUGAUGCUAGAGUCCCCACCCAAAGGUGCCACUAUCCCCUACCGCCCCAAAUCUGCCUCUGCACCCAUCAUAUUCGCGGGUGGCCAGGUCAGAGCGGACACCAUCUUGGCUUCAGCAGGAAACCACACCGUCCUGGCACAGCCACAACAAGCACCUAAUAUACCUGUCUUCUGGUCAGCCUGCCCCAAGACCUUUGCAAUCCAGGGACAGUAUGCCAUUCAUCCAGACUUAGUUCUAAUUUCCCAUCCUGCCCUGCAGUUGACCAAGCUUCACCAGUUGGCUAUGCAGCAUUCCCCCUUUACUCCCCUUGGGCAGACCAACCCUGGUUUCCCUGGUCUUGAUGCCACGACGUCUACCACUUCCCACGAGCUCUCAAUUCCAAAUGAUUUAAUAGGCUGCAUUAUUGGCAGACAAGGAAGCAAGAUCAAUGAAAUCAGGCAGAUGUCAGGGGCACAGAUCAAGAUCGCCAAUGCCAUUGAAGGUUCAGCGGAGCGACAGGUCACAAUCACAGGGUCCCCUGCAAACAUCAGUUUAGCACAGUACCUCAUCAAUGCAAGCUUAGAGAUGGCUAAAAUCAGCACCCAGACUGCUUCGGUCACGAACCCUGUUGACCUCAACAUGAACCUCUCUCAGUCUGCCACCCCUACCUCCACCCCCACCUCAAUGGCUGUUCUGGCAGCGGCGGCUGCUGCUUCUGCCGCGGUCAACGUCAAUUCCCCUCCUCCCUUACCAACCACCCACUAUGCUGUUCCUGUCUCCAGUCUGCUUGGCAUGAAAACUGUCCCAUUCCUGGCACUAAAUGCUGCGGCCGCAGCGGGGGCCAUGGGGAGUUUAUCUGCUUAUACCACUAAAAUUCCAUCGACCAGCGGGGUUAAGAAAUCUGACCGACAGAAGUUUGCUCCGUAUUGAGAAGGGAUGAGAGAAUGCAAGUCCCGCCCCCCCCCUCGUGCGCGCUACCAAGAUUCUGUGGUAGAUUAUACAGUAUUACAGUAGCCAAAAAACAGAAAAAAGAAACACUUUUCUUCUUUUUUUUUUCAAAUAAAAAAGACCAAAAAAAGUAUAACCUGCUAGUUAACCUGUCUUCCAUUCUUUAUUGUGACCUAAACAAAAUCUCUAGCAACUACUUCCAAUGGCAUAAAUGACAGAUUUGAUAUUGGAAAACAUCACAUUUGACAUGGGUUUUUCUAUAAGCACCACAUACAAUAGAAUAAGUUUCUUGUGUUUUUUUUGUUAAAUAGUCUGAAUUACAAUUCUUUGAUAUACAGAUUUUUAAAAAGUACCCUACAUACUGUAUACGUCGAAACCGCAUGUUCACCAUGCCCUUCAUUCACAAUUAUGUUUUCAAGACUUGAUGACCAUAGGUAGUGUGACUGGUGUGUAAGUGAAGUAUUUUACUGGUCACAUCAAUCAAUCAACAAAUCAAUGAGUUAAUAAAAAUAUGAAUAAUUAUACCAACCUACACAUGCAAGGUAAACUUGUGAUUUAUUGACCCAACUAUUAACACAAAUACAGUGUAAUGAGGUUCACGGUUUAUACAUUUCAGGGUGAUAUUUAUUUAAAUAGACCCAUUUGAGGAAGGUGACGUAAUCCCACACUCCAGUGUAAAACAGAGGUGGUAUGCACCCUACUGGCUACAUUUGUAACUGCAGGAUACAUUUAGUUGGUGUUUAUUUACAUUUACAUAUAGAUUUUUGUAUUUCUAUUCCAGUGUUUAUAAACUCCCAGUUCUUAUUAAUCUCAGUUUACUCCUCAUGUUUGCUCCUUUACUGAAUGUUAGAGAUGAUUUGAUUUGAGAACAUGGCUCACACGUAUCAUUGUCAUAACUUUUUAAUUAGAAAUGUAAACUUAAACAGCAACUUGGUACGGCUCUGAAAUAUCACCCUUAUUUUAAUUAAGGUAUUCUUGUUUAGAAUUUUUAAGAACAGUUUAAUAAAACACAUACUAAUUGUUCUCUUUGGGUUGGAAAAGAGAACUCUGGUAUCUUUUUUUCAGCCCUCUACGUAGCAGUCUGAACUACGGUCAUAACUCCAGUCAUAAUAUAGUAUGGGGACCCUCAUAUAGUUUGCACUCAUUAACUUACAGAUAGUGGUAAUUAACUUCAACCAAAAUAACUGACCUCUAAUUCUGAUAAAACAUAAACAAACAUGGAGAGCUAAAAAAAGGAAAAUAAUAAUAAUUGGUCACUGGCUGUUGGAAGUAGUUUUAAAGUACAUUUUCUAUUUUUUCUUUUCUAUUAUUAUUUUCAUUCACUUGAAAAAAAAAAAGAUUUUGCAUAUGUGAUAUUGGUUUACUCACUCCUUUUGAAUGCAGUCCCUCCAUUAGCUUGCCAUCUCCAUUCACUUUGCACUCCUUGGACACAAAGGCUUUAACUUAAUGAACUGUGGUUAGUGUCCAGUACAUUUUUGGAAGAUUAUCAACUAAAACACAGAAUGCAAAUGCAAUACUUUCUAAAAAAGAAAAGAAAAUACAAUAAACAGUUUUAAAGUAGGUUACAAUGUAUAAGGCUAAGUACCAGUUCAAUAUUCUAGUCAUCCUUGCUGUAUAUUCGAUAAGGAUUUCUCUACCAUGACUACUGGAAUUUGCACUAAAUUUGCCACUGUUAACAUGUUUGUAAAACUACCAUUCAUACAGUACUGCACUUAUAGAAGUGUUUUGUUUGAAUAUAAUGGAAGGAACAUAAAUGAAAAUAAUGUGAGAUGUUACCUCAGAUAUAUAAACAGCUCAAUAAUUAUUCCUGCAACAGUGUUAACUAACAUUUUAAAUAAUUUAAAAAGAAUAUUAUUUUAACUAAUUUGUAUGCAUAAGUGAUGUACUUUGUUGUUAUUUAAGUGAUAUUUGUAAUGGUAAGAAGUGUUCUGCUUUUUUCUUUCUUCCUGAUUUGUUCCUACAUUUAGGCUCUCUUCAGAAGUCACUGGCCUGGGGGCACUGUAAUGUUUCCCAUCAUGCACUAGUGCAUUAGUCACCUGACAGGACAUUUCCAAAGGCCCUUUGUGACAAUUAUGGACUAUAAACUACAGAGGAACUCCUGCCAUUUAUACUGAAAACAAAUAUUUAUAUAAUCCUGAAAAAACAAAUAAUCUAAUAAUUUAACCACUGUCCUAACUCCUGUGUAGCUCUCAUUGCUGUACCAGUUUAACAUUGUUUGUGGCUCAGAUCUGGUUAAACAAAGACUCUUGUUUAAUUUCCAUAUCUUCUGUUUAAUUGAUGUUCAUGCUCAGGCUUGUCUAUGUAAUGGCAUGAGCUAUCAGUGUUUCAAUUCAUUGUAUUCAAAUAUAUCUACGUUACUGAGGUAAAUUCAAUAAUGAUAGCUUUUUAUAAGUAAAGGAUUCCUGAUGAAAUGUUUGCAGUCUCUUUCCUUUCUUUGUUUUUGUUAAUGUCAACAUUAACAACUUAUUUAUUAUGUUACAUGUAUAUAGACAUGUUUACAGACAUGUACACCCAGGAAAACUCCUUGAGCUGCAGUUGACGCUAUGGAGGAAUACCAACAAAACUUUUGUAUCUAAUCUGUAUUGUUAUUUGUGUCAUGCUUAAAAAUGACAAAUUUAAUAAGCUUCAGGGAUCUUUCAGGUAGUCAUACAGCUGUGCUGUAAAAAUGGAUGAGCCUAAUAAAUUUUAAACCAGUGUUACAUACCUCACUUUGAA